UACAUCGGGGAGAGGACUGCCAAGCUUGACCUUGCACCACCAACUUCAAGUGCUACAUGGACUAUUUAAAAACAAUUCGCAGGACAAGUGAUGUCUUUGAAUGCUCAUUCAUGUCUGCGACUAGACAGUAACGCAAUGGCAAGCCAAAGAAUGUUAGAUUUCUGACUCAACGGGUAAAAAGAUACACACUUUUCAAAGAUGGAGAUGCAGGAUAGCCCAGUGUUUCCAAAGCCAGUGGCUCACAAAGGAGAGGAGGAGGAGGUUGUUAUGGCAUCGCAGGUACUCGAGAUCAUUUGCGGAUUCACCCCCGAGACGAAGCUCCGCAACUCGGAACCCGAGGAUAGAGAUGCGUGGUCGGUGGAGGAGGGAGACGACUCUGUGUUCUACAGUGACGAAGAUCAAGCCGAGGAGCACAGUAGAGCCAACAGCUCUCGUGAUCCAGAAGCGGCCCAUGUGGACAGUCAACUUUCAGAGAGAAGUGAGGAACCUCUCCUGACUGAAGUUCAAGAGGCCUGCAAGGAAAUCCAGGCCGAUGAAACUGAGCCUGGUGGGACGCCUGUGAUUGGCUCUCUGGAGCUUCACUGUCCUCUUCAAGUUGAGCCAGAAAAGCCUCAGCACAGUGAACCCUCAUAUGAAGCAGUUGAGCAGAAGCAGGGACAGGCUCCAGCCACUGAGCCACCUCCCGAGGAGAGCUUCUCGAACCAGCGCAGCUCCAUUUCCGAGUCGGAGAAGGACCUCGAUGUCCGCCGUCCUGACGCAUUCCCACUGCACCCCGCUGUCCCUGGCCACUCCACUCUACCGCUCCCAAAGAAGUCCUCCGACACCCUCAGACGCCAGGAAUCCUUCGACCACUUCGCCACCUCGAAAUACAACUCUGUAUCCUACCGCAAGAUCCGGCGAGGAAACACCCGCAAGAAGAUAGAGGAAUUUGAGUACAUCAUGAUGAAUUUGUGAUGCAAAAAGUGACCAAUGCAUCCAAGUUCUAAAAGGCCACACUUAUUGAUGACACAUGGCUAGUUAUGAUCCCAAUAAGUGAAUUGAGUAGGAUUUUGCACAAAACUAACUCAUUCUCUGCCAGACGUUUUCAAAGCAGAGUUUCCCAUAUUGCAAGCCAUCUGCUUUAGAGCAUUUUGCCUGAUCUUUCAAGAUGCAUCCAAUAUUGUGUAGUGGGACAACAUAAGCACAUAACGGACCAAGAGAAAGAGUACUCUGUUCUGCCACCAGAAAGAAAAACAUUUUUCUCGCUUUUUCUGUUCUUUAGUAAUCAGCAGUAGCCCAUAGGUUGGUUUUACCCAAAACACCAGUUUCUGGCCAAAAAGUGAAGAAAACAAGCUUUCUGUGAGAAGAAACACAUCAAGCAGAAAAAGUGACGUUGACACUAAAAAGUAUAAAACCAGAAAAAAAACAAGUUGAGAAAGGGCUUUUGAUGUAAAAAUUGUUUACAAAUAAACAACUAAGAAACAUGCCGUGACCUAUACUGACUCACCGCAUGGCUCCAGUUGAACGUCAGUGGCUUUUUUUUUUUUUUUUUUUUUAAUAAACACUAAGGAUUGCAUCUUCUUUUGUCACAAUUGCAAAACACACUUUUUACUACCUACUACAACGCAUACUAUUUAUGCCAGGCACAUGCAUACUUCGUUCGAAACUACUAUACUACAUGUGUUAAU